CAAAAGAAUGCACCUAUUGUAGAAUCGCUAAUAGCCAUCUCGAAUGUUCAGCCAACGCGAGCAGUGCAAUGAGAAGAAAAACAAUAACAACAAUGAAGCAAAGCAAAGCCUACUUCGAUGUUGGGAAACAAAAGCAGUAACAACAACGAAGCGCACCGUAGCCUACUUCGUUGCUUUCACUGAGUGAAGCUAAGAAUAAGAUUUUUAAAUCUGAAGUUCAGUUAAAUAAUUUGCGUCGCUGCGCACAAAAUGUGUGAGAAGCUGAAGGAGCUACUGGUUCAAUUUAACCAAGAAAAUUUAUUUAAGGAACUAUCUGACGCUGGCAUAACCUACAUAAGACUGCAAUACCUAAACGAUGCGGAUAUCUCAGAUGCUGUUAAAAGUGUAGGCGAACGGGCGGAGUGCAGGGAAAAACUUUGGCGACAACAAAAGCAUUCGAGACCUAAAAAAACGAUUUCAGAUUGGACCAACAAGUUUUUGCUAGAUGAAGUGCUUCGUGAAAGUCCUGAUGGUCGAUCACUUAUUUCAUUGCGUUCAGAUGACGAGAAAACACCCAGGCUAACUGAAAGUCAGCGUUGUAAACUAAUAAAUGCAAUUUGUAGCUACACAGCUGAGCACAACAUAGAAUUGCGAACAAACCACUUUUUGGACAUAGUAAAAGAAAUUGGAGAGUUUUUUCCAGGUGAAAAGGAAUAUCUGGACUAUUAUUACAUUAAAAGAAAAGUUGGUGGUAGCCCAUCCGGAAAAUUGUACUCAAAAUACGUAAACCUUUAUUACAAACGUAAAAGACUAAGCACUAUUUCGGCUGAGGCUACGAUCGUUGAGUCUUCUAAAUGUUCCGAAUCUCCAGAGUUUGACGAAAGGAUUUUAUCUGGUCUUAAAACAGAAUGGCAACGUGACUGCUCCAAUUGGGAUACAGUAUGCGAUAGAUGGGCCAAGACGUUUCCUCUGCGACGCAAAGAGUUGAAGGAAUUAAAUAACGUGCACUUUUUAAAACAGUGGCCGAAGUUAUUGGACGGCAGAUCAGUUUCUUUGAUAAAUAUUGACUUUGACGUGUUGUAUCCUUCCAAGCAAUAUAUUCUGAAGUCCAAGUUUGAAAAAUUUAAAAACAGGAUUUGUAAAUAUUACCAAAUAAAUUUGCGAAAUCAACUCUCUAAAUCAGCUCUAAAGGAUGCUAUAGAAAGCAAUAAUUUAAGUAUAACAUAAGGAAGACUGCACAUUGAUUACGUUGCUGAACUCUACACUGCACCCUUCGUUCAGAUUCGAGGACUCAUCCGGUAAGAAGAAGAAAAAGGCAACUAUAAGUGAUGCAGAGGAUUUUUUUAUACUGCAUGUCAAAUGCAUUGCCAAUGUUCGUGAAA